CGUAGAAGAGAGCAUGCUUCAUAAGGUGGCUGAAGCAGACGGCUGGAGAGGGAGGAUCGCAGCUACAUACAGCGUGUCUGGAUCAGAUGAGCGGGGGUCACCCAGGAUUCCCUUGAAACUGCCCCCCGGGGGGAAGCAAAUGUUAGACGACAAAGAUUUGAUUCCAGCUUCGUUUACUGGGGUAAAAUCAACGCUAUCGCUUCCUCUGUUGCUGCUGCAGCUGCUGCUGCCUUACAGGAGCGCAUACUAUCAUCGAUUUUUGCUUUUUCAUUUUUCGUCUUUUAUCAAGAUGCCGAAACGGGGGAGAAAAGUGAGCGUGAUUCUGACGGGAACAGACUGAAAGAACAAGAUGCAUUGUAGAAACCAGUAAGAUCUAUGGCUGGAUUCAUUUUGUAGCGCUUUUCAUUUCCCAGUUUUAUUAUUGCUUGCUUAAUCUCCAGAAAAAAUGACAUUGUAUUUCAUUUAUCUCUUUUAAUUAUUUUUUUAAUUAAUAUCUGGUCGAUACAAUAACGCAGAGAUAGCUGAGCUCAACAGGCGGUAAAGUAAAAGUUUUGCAUGUCAUUUCUAUCAAACGGCCUUUGUUUCACAUUUGGCUUACAGACAGCUGCAUUGAACCCAAAGGCCAAUUCCCAGUCUGUCUCUUGGGCACAAGUGAGGUGAUUUUCGCUCUCAUUGUCCAACACAACAACGUGGGUGUGUUUUUUUUUUUUUUUCAAUUUUCACCUGCUUGACAAGGACUGUAGCCUGUCAAAACUCCGGAGAGCGAGGCUCUAUGAAGAUCGCGACACAGUUGUUGCUUUUCCCUCGCAGAAAUGCCAGUGCGCGCCGUGACCACCAGGUUCAUGUACAAGGGGCUUUGCACUAUUCCAGAUGUCCUCUCCUACCGGACCCCCGUUCACCUGCCCGAGGACGAGGUGGAAGAGAUUCGGGAGGCUUUCAAGGUAUUUGACAGAGAUGGGAAUGGCUUUAUCUCCAAGCAGGAGUUGGGAAUGGCCAUGCGCUCGCUGGGCUACAUGCCGAAUGAGGUGGAGCUGGAAGUUAUCAUCCAAAGACUUGACAUGGAUGGUGAUGGCCAGGUUGCCUUUGAGGAAUUUGUCACAUUGCUUGGUCCUAAGCUCUCUGCUGCUGGAAUGCCCGAUAAAUUCCACGGAGCAGACUUUGAUUCUGUGUUUUGGAAGUGUGACAUGCAAAAACUGACAGUGGAUGAGUUGAAAAGACUGCUGUACGACACUUUCCGUGACCAUCUCACCAUGAAAGACAUUGAGAACAUCAUCAUGACUGAGGAAAACCACCUGAACAGUCCAGAGUCUCAUGUGGAUAUUGAUACAAGCCCAACGCAGCAGGAAAAACACACAUGCGUGCGUAAAAGCCUGAUUUGUGCCUUCGCGAUAGCAUUCAUCAUCAGCGUCAUGCUCAUUGCAGCAAAUCAAAUGCUCCGUAGAGGAAUGAAGUAAAUUAAUGUUGCCAGCAGGACAACACAUAAUCCUAGGUUGGGAAGAAAAGAAAACCAUUAACCAAAAAAUACUCUUAUUUUCUUUAUUAAUUGGUUGAAAUGAUGCUUUCACAGCUUUUCUCUACAGUAUAAAGGAUCAAAUGAUGUCACACAGUGGUUGUGAGAGAUAACUUCUCACAGCUUACCAUGAUGAAAAAGAGACAGGAACUACAAGGGCUGAUUACUGUUUCAAACAUGUUGGCCAAGAAAUCAGAGCAGAAAACAGAAAGUAACUUUAGACAUUUAGAGCUUCAGUGUACAAUACGUGCUGUAACAGUAGCUGUGGUGCAUAAAAUCCUUCAGUCCAUCUGUGAAGCAUCCUUCCAUCUGGAAUGCACCAAAUAAAGUACAAAUGAUAGUAAUAAAGCAAUAACAAUGUGAACCACAUAUUAUUGAAUUUUGGGUUAAAACAAGACACACAUUGGCAAACCUGGUAAAAACGUUUUAAAGCCAUGUAUAUCUAAAUAGAUAUACAUAUAUAGAUGUGUGUGUGUGUGUGUGUGUGUGUGUGUGUUUAACAUUUAUACUUCACUUUUUCAAGUUGAUCGGAGUCCUAGAGUAUUUAGGUACCUUGAAUUAUUUAUCCAUGAUGUUCAAUAUGACUUAAUACAAAGGCUCAUUUCUGCUAUGCGCUCUUCAAAAUCAGAAAAAUGAGAGAACUUCUCUUUUAGGCAGAUUUAUGUUGGGUUAGGUAAUAGUUACAAAAUAACUCCAAAUGUUGCCUAUAUUUACAGUCAAAGUUCAAUUCACUUCACU